AUGUCGGAGGAGAACCAAUUGGAAACGGUUCAAACGUUGAAGCUCCAGCUCCUGUUACCUCAAUGUUUAUCCACCAAGAAAGAAACGGUUGAAAUUGAGACUACUUUGGACGAAACUUUACCUCAGUUGAAAGAGACUUUGGGUUUAAUUCCCAAGACUGAAAAUUUAACAAACUUGUUGAUUUUCUAUAAGGAUGUGAAUUUAUUCGAAGCCUUUGAUGAAAUGUCCACUUUCAGAGACGUUCUAAAGCAACUUGGUCUCGAAGGAUCUCAAAGUUUAUCUUUAAGAUUGGCAGAGAAGCCUUAUAAUUUGGCUAAUGUAUACGAGCAUUUGUUGAAAUUUAGACAAGUUAUUGGCUUACACUUUUUGGACAAGUCAAAAAUGGAUUUUGGUGUUAGUGGCGGUGUAAGCAAGUUUUCAGAGUUGGGUUUAGAUGCCAUUACCACACCACAGGUUCCAAAGGAACCCGAACAAGCUGAGUCUACGAAAUCGAAAGAGAGUACUAAAAAAGAGGAAGAAGAAGAAGAAGAAAUAGUGCUUUCAUCAGAGCAAAAGGCAGAGGCCAACAAGCUUGCCGAGUCUUUAAGCAAGCUGGGUGGUGUCGAUAUCUUAUCAUUGGGAUCAUUCCAAAAUCCAUUCAAAGAUUUCAAGUUACCUAUCAAACAUUUGACUAUCUCUCAAUGGUCUCCAGUCCCUCAAUAUCAAAAAAUCCAAGGUGAUUUGUUGUACUUAAGUUUACAAACAUUGGAGAAUGAAACUUUUCAAAUUACUGCUCAUUUCUCGGGGUUCUUUGUUAAUAAAUCAUCUAGUACUACGUUCAACCCUCAAAUUAAGCAUUCUAUGAAGUCUAACAAACAUUUUAUCUUGUUUGACUUGAUAAGCGGCUUAUCUCCUUUGUUUGAGAAAACACUUAUAGCUAACUCCUCCAACUUGCAUUCAAGUUCUAGCAACCCCGAGACAUAUUUAAUUCCCACAAGCUCUUUUGUCAACCAUCCAUGGCUCGUUGGCAAAGAGAAUAUUACCAACAAUGCUGAUUUGACCCAAAACCAAUUACCUAUAUUAGUGAGUGGUGUUGAUGGUGGUGAAUUGGUUAGAGAUUGGAACGAUGAGUUUCAAUCCAUUAAGGAGUUGCCCAGAUCUACUGUCAAUGAAAGAAUAUUAAGGGAAAAGUUGAUCAGCAAGACCAUUUAUGAAUUUAAUAAAGUAGCUACCGAGACUGCCAUUAACAUUGUGAACGGUAACAUUACCUCUUUGAACAUCAGCGAAGAUCCCGAACUUUUAACCUUCUUGAGAAACGGAGUCUUUUAUUCUUUUGGUGUUGAUGCUACUGGGAAUUUUGUUAACUCCGGUGGAGAUGAUGCUGCUAGAUAUACCACUGGAAAAGAUCUUAAUGCGGUUAAAAUCUUGAACAGAAUUGAUUCGUCCGAUGUUCACAACUUAUUGACCUUGGUGGUUGAUUAUAUGGGGAAAAGAAUUAUCUGUCAAGCUCCCGUGCCUGGGAUUUUCCAAGAAACUAGAAAUAUUGAAACUGACGAAGUGUUUGACAAAGUUGUGUAUGGUUUAAACUCUGACAACAGUCAGAUUGUUUAUAACAAGAAUUUCAAUGAUGCUUUGAAGACAAUCAGCGAAGCCUUUCAUUUGAAACCUCAUUCGAUUGAAUUGGACGAUGGAGUCAAGUCCAAAGAAUUGUUGAUCACUUCAAAGGAUAUGAAAGGUAUUCAUGGUACUGACGGAAGAAAGUAUAUGAUUGACUUGUACAGAACCACGCCUUUGGAUAUCGGUUUCAUCGAAAAGCAUUUCCAACCUGAAAAAGAUACUUCUUAUCCUCACAAAGAGACCUUGGUGAGACAUGAAGCUUUGGAAGAAUGGUGGAAACGUAAAAUCGCUGUGUUGAUCAAAUUAGAAACAGAAAAGUUAGAAAAGGAAGGUAAGACUUUUGAUAAAGAAAAUGGUGAAAAACCCCAAUUAUUGAUCCAGGGAGAUCAAGUUUCUAUCAAUUCAGAUGCUUUCACCGGUAUAAAUGAAUCGGAAGAAGACCGGAACGAUGUCAGAGAGGUAUCUAAGUUUGUUUUGACUUUGGUCGAAGAAUUUUUGAACGAGAUGGGUACUCAGUUGGCUCCUUUUGAUGGUUCUCAUUUGACUUCGAUGUUACAUAGAUCAGGAAUCAAUUUGAGAUACUUGGGUUAUAUUGCAGACCAAUGUUUGGAAAGAAAGCAGAAAGAAUUACAAAAGAUUGAGGAACAAAUUAAAUCAAAUGAGGCUUUAGCAGAACAGUUAGCCCAAGAAGAAAAGGAAAAAGUAGCCAAAGGAGAAGAACAAAAAGAGGAAGAAAAUCUCGAAGAAACCAAGGAAGAAGAAAAGUCGGCUGGAAUCUAUGAACCUAUUGCUGCGAACUAUGAAACCAUCUACAAGCUCUCGGUCCAGGAAAUGGUCGCUAGAGCUACUAAGCAUGUGUUACGUAAGUUGUCUAAGUCCUUACCCGUUAACUUGAUGAGCACCUUUGUUAGUCACUUUUUAAACUGUUUACUCGGUUCGAAUAUCAGUGUGUCACCAAUGUGUUUUAUUGACGAAAACCUUAAAACGUUUUACUCUUUUAAAGAUUUGCAGUUUACUUCCUUAACCAGUAAUGAUGCUAUUGAGUUAGUAACUAAAGAAGUCUUUAUUCGUUUCAGAUUUCAACUACCAUCAGACUGGGUUAACACUCUUAUUAAACCUUAUCAAUUGUUUAGAGAAAUCUCCCUCAAGUUUGGUAUUCAGUGGAAAGCUCAGAAUUAUUCCUUUACCAAGGAAGAAUUCGAGUUGAAUAAAGAACUGAUGGUUAUUGAAGCCCAAGUUAUUGAAAACAACGUUGUUUCCAAGAAGAAUAAGAAAGGCAAGAAACAAUCUUCUCCUGUUAUUGAGAAGGUUAUCACUCGUCAAAGCAUAUUUAUCGCAGAUGAUAUUCUUAAUUUUUCUCCAUUGGUUAAAGAUUCAAGCUACAAACCUGCCUUAUUCGAUGAAGUGUUAGAGACGGCAAGAAUAGAAUUGAAGAAUGACCAACAAAAUGGAUUGAUGUUAUUCAAUGAAUUAUUAUCUUUUCAUGAACAAGUAUACGGUAGAGUUCACACUGAGACUUCGUCAUAUUAUGGAUACUUGAGUCAACUUUACUCAGAAUUGAACUUCCCUUAUGAAGCUUCGACAUUGGCAAGAGUCUCUUGUAUUUUGAGUGAAAGGGUCACGGGAUUUGAUAGCUAUAAUAGUAUCACUGCAUAUGUUAAUUCGGCAUUCUUUGAAUCGAGCAAUAAGGAUUACAUCAACUCGCUCAAGUUAUAUUCUCACGCUAUUAGGAUCUGGACUUCGAUUUAUGGUGAAGAUCACCCAUCUUUCAUUACUACUUUUGCUAACUUGGGUGAAAUCUUUACGAAACUUAAGUUAUUCGAUGCAAGCAAGAAGUUAUUUGAAAAGUCCAUCGAGCUUUCAACAAAAUUGAAUGGUGAAAUUUCUGAUGUUACUGGUUUGAUUAAGUAUAGAUACGGAUAUUCUUUGCUUUCUGCUGAUAGUUUUAAAGGUGCUAAAGUUCAAUUUGAAAAUUCUUAUAAUAUUUUCGUCAAGGCAUUAGGACCAAAAGACUUAUUCACAGUUAAAAGUUUAAGUUAUGCUACCAAUUUGAAAACCUGGUUAGAUUACCAAAACCAUGAGAAGUCAAAGAAACAAUCUGCUUCUAAAGCCAAGGCUCCAGCUUCGACAGCUGCUUCGAAGUCUAAGAAGAAUAAAAAGAAUCAAAAUGCUCCAAAGAUUGAUGAAGAAAUUGCCAGUAAAUCGGUGGACGACAUCAUGGCCUUUAUCGAAGGCUCAAAUAAAAAGAAGGCUUGA